AUGCAUAAGAGUCAAGGAGAUAAAUAUCUACAACGUCUCAUUGAAUGGCAAAAUGAGGUUAAAGAUCAAUUCCAACGCCUAAGAGUGUUAAAGCCUGAAGAUUACAAAGGAGACAUUAUCGCACCCGGUCUUACCAUUCCUAAAUGUCGUUGGAAUUGUAACCCGAAAUAUCAAGCCGCUGAUAUUUUAUCGUUAUAUAGAGACGAAUUGCAUGAUAUAUUUCGUAAAAGACCAGCAUUGCAUAUACUUUUCAACUUUAAAAGUCAUAACUAUAGUGGUACACGUUUAAAAGAUAAAUUCGAUUCCUAUUUCGGUGAUAUUAAGUUAUCUGAACCUUUAGUCGAUAUCGAUCAAGAAUAUGGAAACGAAGCUUACGAAUAUGAUGCGAAACCAUCAAAAGUCUUCAUAGAUGGCAAAGUUCAUGCUAAUAAUCCGGCUGGUUAUUGCUAUAAAUAUGCUCUUGAUCAAGGUAUUAAGAAAGAAAAUAUCUACAUGUCGUCAUUGGGAACAGGCGAUUGUGUUGAUGGUAUUCUUUGGCCGAAAAAAACACCAAGACAUGAUUACUUUGUAACAACAGCUUCGUCCCUUAAUCAAUUGAGCUGCCAGCAAGUCUAG